CAAAACAAUAAACAGUGUCCAAUAGACAAUAAAUACGCUCACCUAAACAAAGAAGGGAGAAAGGGACUCAAAGAGAGGGAGAGAUUCUUUUUACUCUUUUAUAAUUUUUCAACCCUUCGCUUUCUCAAGGUUUCACUGUCUUCAUACGGCUGUUUUCUUUCUGUUCUGUCUUGGAGCAGAGAGAAGAGACUGUGCUACUAGGAGGCUACUACUGCUCACCUUUGCUCUUAAGAACUGUUACUAUUAUACUAAUUGCUUUAUUAUUUUAUUAUUUAAUUGACUCUUAUAAGAAGGCCCUCUUCUUCCCCCAUUUCACUUCUUCUCUUCUAUCACUCUAUUUUUGCUGCCCAAAACCCUGAAGUGCCGGAGUGACAAAUUGACUGAAAGGCUGGUUGGUCUGAUUUCAAGGAAUGUAUGCUGAAACUGGGCUCAUGCUCCCUUAUUUCCAGAGUUUCCCUCAACAAAUUGAUGACUUCUCUUGCUCUUCUCAGAGGCCCAGUGUUUUACUGGACAACCUGAUUCAGGCAUCUUCUAUAGCAGAAUAUGACCUUGGGGUGGAAGGAGAUCUUUUUAAGGCUCCAGCGCCUAUAAUCGAAGAGCCGAUUGUAGGCCUGGAUCCAAUGGAAGCUGCAAUGUCAAUGAUUUCCUGUGGUGGAGAUGUCAUUACUUCACAAGACCUUAAGGUGUCAGAUAUUGACCCGUCAAUUGAUAAUGGACAACUUCUCAGUGAGGUUUUCUAUGAAUGCAAGAAGGAUAUCCUGGCAAAAGAAGCAACUGAAGCUACCCUCUCUGCAGUCCUGGAUAUCAAAGUUCCUCAAGGGAAUUUGAUUGCAGAAGGCGAUUCUCUUUCUCAAGGACCUGUCCAGAAAAGUGUUAGUUCAGGGUGCCUAACCUCAAUGGAAUGGGUUCACAGUGCUACAACAAGACCAAAUUUCCUUGAUUUUCCUGGAUUUGACUUGGGGGCCGUCUAUGGCAUGCGAAGAGCCUUCAGUGAAGGAGAUAUCAAGAGUCUUGGUAAUGGUAGCAUAAAUGUGAUCAACUCUCCUGUGGGACAGCCACAAAUUGUCACCAGCUGUUCAUCUGAAGCUCGCAAAGAAAAGCUUUCCAGAUACAGGAACAAGAAGAACAAGAGGAACUUUGGAAGAAAAAUCAAGUAUGCUUGCAGGAAAGCUUUGGCCGAUAGCCAACCGAGGAUCCGAGGAAGAUUCGCAAAGACGGACGAAACAGAUUCCUCCAAGAAGCAAUAACUAAACUUACUAAAAACUAAGACCAAGUGUAGAGAGCAUAGAAUUUCAGUGGUUAGACCUGACGAGGAGGGCUACGAAGGUAUUAGUCAUAAGAUUAGAUGGUAAAACUCGAUGCAAUAUGAAAAACAAAACAGACAAUUAGUUGUAUCAAAAAGCUACUGAGUUGAAUAACCUCUUCGAAAGAUGUAAUGUCCUGCUGGAGCUGUAUAUAUAAGUUUUCUAUUGAAUAAAUGUCAAUGAAGUAGUAGUUGUAUGAAUGUCGUGUGCGUGAUGCGAAUGAUG